UCACCCGACUGAUGCGCACUGCGCCCCAAGUGCACCACCAAUUUACUGUGUAAAUCUACACGAAAACUUCUUUCUAAAAUCUCUCUAUCCUUUCAAUCCAUUCGUCAGUUAGAUUCCACAGUUUCCGAUCAAUUCUAGAUCUUCCAUGAAUUUCUUCAAGUCCGUUUUCUCCGAAGAUCCAGAUCCUCCGAACUCCGAAUCUCCCGACUAUCCGCCGAACAAGGAUGAGCGCGAAGCCCUAGAUCCCGAUUCCGGCGCCGGCGGUGCGUGGAGCUUCGGCGGCCUGGUUAAAACCCUAGCGACGAAAUCCGAGUCGGUUAUCGAGACCUACCGGCGCGAUCUUCAGGAGUUCAGUUCGGGGCUGAAGAAGGAGAUCGAGGUGGUUCAGGGGUCGUUGGGGACGGUAGGGCACGCCAUUGAUGAGUUUGGGAACACCGUCGUGAAAGGUACGGCUCAGAUCAUAUCUCAAGGUAAGGAUGCAAUUCUUGCUGACGAUCUUGAAUCUGAUUCUUCUGAUAGCAACAACAAUAGUCAAAAACAGAGCUUGAACUCGAAACGGUAUUGUAGAUUUGACGCUCAGGUUCGCGCAAUUCAGGCUGAUGCGAGUACUUAUUGCGAAGAACCUGAAGAUUUGGAUGAUUAUAAUAUGUGGAUAUUAGGGUUUGUUUUGGAGGAAAAGAUGGAAGAAAUUGAGGGAUUAAUUGAGGAAAAUGGGGCAAUUGAGAGUAUCUACAAGAAGGUUGUUCCCGAUAGUGUUGAUCACCAAACUUUCUGGUCUAGAUAUUUCUAUAAGAUUCAUAAGCUUAGGCAAGCUGAGGACUUGAGAGCCAAUCUUGUGAAGAGGGCGAUUUCGAGGGAGGAAGAGGAGGAGUUGAGUUGGGACGUCGAUGAUGAAGAAGAAGAUGAUGAAGAAGAAGAGGAGGAGGAGGGCAAUACGAAGUCGAAACCGAUUCCCGCGAAGAAUGCGGAAUUGGGAAGUGAAGGUGGUAAAGUUACAAAAGAGGAAUUGCAGAGCAAUGACUCCGAGAAGAAGAUUGUGAAGGAAGUGAAUUCCGCGGAGGAAUUGCGAGGUGAAAGUUCUCUAGGUGUUGAUGAGAAGGGGAAGAAGAAUUCUAAUAUGGAUGAUAAUGAGAACAACAAAGGGAAUGAUGGGGAAAAUUCUAAACAGGAGAGGAAUUUGGAAGGAGAUUCUGAGAAAAAAUCGGUAUUGAAAUCUGACGAGAAAGUGGCUUCAGAGGGGAAGGUAGAGCCUGGUGAAUCUUCUAAGGAUAGUGAUGUCACAGAUUCAGUGCCUGUCCCUGAAGAGGAAGACCUUGGAUGGGAUGAGAUUGAGGAUCUUAGUAGUAUUGAUGAAAAGAAGGUGACUCAUAGUGGAAGUCCGAACAGAGCAGAGCUAAGGAAGCGGCUUAGUGCUGUGGAAGAAGAGGCGGAUUUGAGUUGGGAUAUUGAAGAUGAUGAUGACGAUAAACCAACUAAAGGUUGAAACUUUAUUGAACGGUUAAGUUUUUAUUUUUAAGUGUACUGGUCUCAGUUAAACUUCCCUCCACAGUUGUUUUUAUGUAAUGGAGUAUAAUACGGUUGGAGGGUCUUCUUCUUUUCUUUUCUUUUUCUUGCAUCAGUUGAUUCAAAUGCAAAUAUGUUUCUGUGAUCAUGUAAUGUCAAUUUGUGAAGUUAAAAGAAACUCUGUCAUUGA